CACGACCGCCUCCUUCCGCCCCUUCCUAUGCCGCACAGCCUGACUAGAAAGGCUCGUCCGGUAGCGGCGGACGCUGUCGCUGUCCUGAGAGGGAGGGCUCGAUGUGGAAGAGAUGAGUCGGACAAAGGGUGAUGAGGAGGAGUACUGGAAUAGCUCCAAGUUCAAGGCUUUCACUUUUGAUGAUGAAGAUGAUGAGCUUUCACAGUUAAAGGAGUCCAAGCGGGCAGUGAACAGCCUUCGGGACUUCGUGGAUGAUGAUGACGACGACGACCUGGAGCGAGUCAGCUGGAGCGGGGAGCCUGUGGGAAGUAUCUCAUGGUCCAUCAGAGAGACUGCUGGUAAUAGUGGGUCUACCCAUGAGGGCCGUGAACAGCUGAAGAGCCGAAACAGCUUCUCCUCCUGUGCACAGCUGCCCAAACCUGCUUCCACCUACUCCUUGAGUAGCUUUUUUAGAGGUAGAACUAGACCUGGAAGUUUCCAGUCCCUUUCUGAUGCUCUGUCGGACACACCUGCAAAAAGCUAUGCUCCAGAGCUGGGGAGACCCAAAGGAGAGUACCGGGAUUACAGCAAUGACUGGAGCCCUAGUGAUACAGUGCGACGCCUCCGGAAGGGAAAGGUCUGCUCUCUGGAAAGAUUCCGCUCCUUACAAGACAAGCUGCAACUUCUGGAAGAGGCAGUAAGCGUGCACGAUGGAAACGUCAUCACUGCAGUUCUGAUUUUCCUGAAGAGGACUCUGAGCAAAGAGAUCCUCUUCCGAGAGCUUGAGGUGCGACAGGUAGCCCUGAGACAUCUCAUUCACUACCUGAAGGAAAUAGGGGAUCAAAAGCUGCUUUUAGACCUCUUGAGGUUCCUAGAUAGAACAGAAGAACUUGCGCUAUCCCAUUAUCGAGAGCAUUUGAACAUUCAGGACCCUGAGAAACGAAAAGAGUUUUUGAAGACCUGCAUUGGUUUGCCAUUUUCAGCAGAAGAUUCUGCACACAUUCAAGACCAUUAUACACUCCUGGAACGUCAGAUCAUCAUUGAGGCAAAUGACCGACAUCUAGAAUCAGCAGGACAGACUGAAAUCUUCCGAAAGCACCCCCGCAAGGCUUCCAUCCUCAACAUGCCGCUGGUGACGACGCUCUUCUACUCCUGCUUCUAUCACUACGCAGAGGCGGAGGGGACAUUCAGCAGUCCCAUCAACCUAAAGAAGACAUUUAAGAUCCCAGACAAACAGUAUGUCCUGACAGCUCUGGCUGCUCGUGCCAAGCUCCGAGCCUGGCAUGAUGUAGACGCCCUCUUCACCACAAAGAACUGGCUGGGUUACACCAAGAAGAGAGCACCCAUUGGCUUCCAUCGAGUUGUGGAAAUUUUGCACAAGAACAACGCUCCUGUCCAGAUACUACAGGAAUAUAUCAAUCUGGUGGAAGAUGUGGACACAAAGUUGAAUCUAGCCACCAGAUUCAAGUGCCAUGAUGUCGUCAUUGAUACAUAUCGGGACCUGAAGGACCGCCAGCAGUUGGUAGCCUACAAGAGUAAGGUCGAUAAAGGGUCCGCCGAGGAGGAGAAGAUUGAUGCCAUUCUCAGCAGCUCGCAAAUUCGAUGGAAGAAUUAGGUGGUGUAGCUGCCCUGAAGCUGGCCUCACUUCUUCCUUCCCUGCCUGUGGAAGUGGGAGAGUAGCACCAUCACAUCACUUGGACCCAUCAGCAGGCAGUGCCUGCUACUCCUGGGACGGAAACCAGCACCUGGCCGUGGAGAGCUGCAGAUCGACUGUCCAAGGGUUGUCACCUAAGGGCCAAGCUUUGAUUCAUGAGAGAUUCUCUCCACCUGGUGCUCAUGUGAAGGUGGGAGUGAUUUCUGGAUUGGGCCCACAUUGGGUUAAGAUCUCUCUUGGUCUGAGAAAAGUGACUGCUCCAGAAAGGAAGUCUCCUAGACUAAGAGGUACGUGUGUCAGCAGGGUGGCCACUCCAUUCCACUCAGCCAACUGUGACCCAGGACUUGGUGCUGGACAUGGGCAGUUCUGCUCUGAGUGAAGUCAGAACAGAACCAAAAUGACUGUAUCUUCCAAGGGGAUUCAGGAGUGCGGCCAGUGUUGCCCAGGACCUGCUGGAGACCCCCUCACCAGGCUGCAGAGUCCUCCAUGCGUGACAGAUGUUGCCCAGAGGUUGUGUUUCUUCAGCCAGUGUUUUUCUGCUCCCAGUCUGUCUCUGUCCAAACACUUAGGGUUCCUCUCAGCUGCACACUGAGAUGACCUUAUUUGAGUGAUGAGAUAUCCCCUUAUCUUUCUCUACUUCUAUUCAGGACCCCUACCCUUAUGCGGAACUGAGAUCCAGCAGUGUGAAGAACUCUCCCUUUAGGCAGAACUCUCAUUUCGCCAUAAGUUUCCCCUGGACUGACCUCAGAAGCAUUUGUUGGGAUAUUUAGAUUGAGAUUUUGUUUUCACAUUUGGCUGUGGAGAGAGUAUUCUGUAAUGCUGGAUUCUGCCCUGUAACCAAUAUUAGCCUCCUUCUGGGUGACUGACCUGGGUUUUCCUGCCAUGCCUGGACUCCUAAUAAAGCUGUUUCUUCCUUGGA